UCGGGGAGUUAGGAGGAGAAUUGUAACGCGGCUUCAGUAAACCCUGAAUUUGAUUCGACUCUGGCACGACGUCUGAAUCAGAGUUGAUUUCCUGCCUACUACAGUCGAACCAAAUUGCGAUUUAGUUCAGCAAGGCAGAAGCACGACGUCUGAUCUGGGCCGAAGAGUUUCAUGAAACGAGCGACUUCUCAGUGAGGCAGUGUUGAGAGAAGUGCAACUACAAAGGAAAGCAGUAAGGAUCAAUGUAUGACAGGAUGGUACAUGCCCACAUGGCCUGUCCAUUGAAGUUCACGUUUCUCUUUGUUAUCAAAUUCUGCAUUUUUGGUGGUCUGGAAUGUGCCAACAACACAGAUGUUAUCAGCCAUUGCAUUGAUAACCAGCCGUGUAUUGGUACUUAUAAAGAGAUUUAUAAUGACUUAGCGUUAGAGCAGAACAGCUUUAACAUUCGAUCAGCAUUGUAUCCAGUAAUGAGGCCUUCAUCUGUACGUGUGUUUGUGAAUGUGUAUGGACCUGAUGGAACACAAAAUCCUAGAUCAAAUGCAGUCAAAUACACUUGGAGUACAAACUGCCUGUUUGUUGCAUUACCUGCAGCAGUUCUGCAGGUCAUGUCCCUUGGUUCAAUAUUAGUGGAUCCUCGUACACAGCAUCUAAAUAUAACCCUACGAUCCUUUUUUUGCUGUAAAGUUUCUGAGGACAGAAGAGAAAAGAUGAUUAAGAAUGUUAUAGCUGAGCUUGAAGACUUGGCGGUGAGUCCAACAAUACCAGAUCCAAGGCUGAACACAGCUGAAUGUGUCAUAGAGGGUCACGAGUCAAACAUAAAGGAUACAGGACGCAGUGGUUUUAUUUAUGCAAUGUUAAUCUGCUCUUAUAUUUCUGUCAUACUACUUGGUCCAUUACUAUCCUUCUUCAUCUUGCGGUUUUUGACAAAUUAUGAAAAUCGUUGUUUUCAGAACGCAAAGCCCAUAGUUCAUGCAACAGAUGUCAUUGCUGUUGUCAUGCUGUUGAUAGAUUUUGUAAUUAUUCCCUACUAUUUUAGUAAAAGUUGUGAAACAGGGCUACCUAAGAGAUUUAUUGUAGUAAUAAUUCUUGAGGGUCCUCUAAUUAUCUUAGUUAUAAAUUUAUACAAGUACAUCCAAGGUAAACUGGAUAACCAAGGCACUCAGGGAGACAAUAGGGGUAACCAGGGUACUCAGGGAGGCAACAGGGGUAACCAGGGCUCUAAGGGAGGCUAUGGAGGUAACCAGGGCACUGAGGGAGGCAACAGAGGUAACCAGGGCACUGAGGGAGGCAACGGGGGUAAACAGGGUACUCAGGGAGGCAACAGGGGUAACCAGGGCUCUAAGGGAGGCUAUGGAGGUAACCAGGGCACUGAGGGAGGUAACGGGAGUAACCAGGGCACUGAAGGAGGCAAAGGGGGUAAACAGGGUACUCAGGGAGGCAAUAGGGAUAACCAGGGUACUCAGGGAGGCAACAGAGGUAACCAGGGCACUGAGGGAGGCAACGGGGGUAAACAGGGCACUCAGGGUUGCAAACAAGCAACAAGAAAAAGGAUCGUGGCAGAGGUCAGGAGAUCAAUCUAUUUCAUAUGGGUACAUUUAGUCCUAAACCAUCUUUUCUGGCUCGUAAUAGGCAUAAUGAUAACCCCAACCUGGGGCUUAACUGUUUUAUUGAUAAUAUGUCUAUUUAUCAUUGUCUCUUUUUUUGUGGUGUACCAUGUUUUCAAAGUAAUUCAUGCCGGUGGUCAGCGUCUUCAAGCAGGUCUAUUCUCUGGGGUUUGUUUUGUUGGCUUUUGUUGCGCUGUUGUUGUUCCAGUAAUAGCAGGCAACUCAUUCUAUGGAAGGGAAACUGCAGAUAGUGUCCUAAAGGUAGUGCUUUUGUAUAUUAUCACUGGCUUGGUUCCAAAGAUAAUACAGUUUUAUGAUUCCCAAUCCUCUAACGAGGGUGGAACUCCCGUGCAAAAUGUCCCAACUACCCAAAAUUCUUCCGCUUCCACUGCCUCUGCCUCAGGGCCCACCUCUUACAGAGAAGCUGAUAAUGAUUUAGAGCUCCACGAAAUAGAAACACAAGGAGAAGAGCGAAGCCGUUUGCUCAUGAACACGUCAAGAUAGACUUAGGCUUGAUCACUACCGCUGCUUUUAGGGAAAUGAGCCUGCCUUCCUUCCUUGGGAGGAUUGAAGGCCAAACCCGAGAUAACCGUGGACAGAAAUCAAGGUCGGGAUAGACUGAGCUUCAACUAUACAUGCGCAUCUUACAGAAAAAGAUGCUUUUCUUCCUCCUCCGUGUAAUAGCUAGCUAAGUUAGCUUAGGUUAACCACUGCUACUGAGAAUCAUCUGAAUGUUAUGAAUUAGGCAAACUGAAGAUUUCUGAGAGCUGAAAACAAAUCAGCUACGCAGAAAAUAUCAAUUGAUGUAAUCUGAGCCAACUGUAAGCUACCUACAGUGGGUUAAUCUUGGCCAACUGUAUGAUUACCUAGUCUACUCAAAGUUCUGCUGUAGUGAUCAGGCUGUUAUGGUAAAACCUUGAAUUAGUGCCAACAACAUUGAAUUGAAACUCAGGCAUGUAUGGUUAUUUUUUCUUGUAAAACAGUAUUUGAAAAUAAAUAAGAACUUGAUAGGCUAUGUAAGUUAUGUUAGAGUUGUAAAGUACAUACUGUAAGUAACAGCAGUUUUUAGAGUGAUGUAAGUAAGCUACUUAUUAAGUAAUAUGAUAGUUGAACUAUAGCAAAUUACAACCCACCAUUAAUUCUCAUGCGAUUCUAUAGCCUACUUUACAUCACGUGGUGCAAAAUCACCGGACAGUUAUCAUAGAUCUGAACUGCGGUUAAAGAAAUAAGUAUCAGAGCGAUCUUCGCAGUAAUGAACACUACUUAAGCAGUCAGGGCCGUAGCUAGUAACAGACAAACCGAGGCACUUGCCUCAGUCGUUUCUUGCGUUUUCGGUGUUUAUAGUCAUCAUUAACACCCUAAAUGUACUUAGGAAGGUAAUCUAACCACGGACAUUGCGGCAUUCAUAAUUUUGCGUUGACAUUGCCACGGUCAUUUUUUUUUCUGGCUACGGCCCUGGCAGUAGUGAAUAUAAGGCCUAAAAAAAUUCAGGCCUGUACGGUAUUCGAACCCGUAUAUUCACAAACGUUGACCCGUCACCUCACGGGUUUAUUACGAACCAACAUAAUGACCAGCUCCCAGUUGGCUUGUUAGCUCAGCUGGUAGAGCACUGCACCGGUAUCGCAGAGGUCAUGGGUUCGAAUCUCGUACAGGCCUGAAUUUUUUUCAGGCCUUAUAUUCACUACUGUUUAAGUAGUGUUCAUUUAUACUGCGAAGAUCGCUGUCAUACUUAAAAUGCAGGUUGUUUACACGGAAUUGAUACGUAAUGGGGUUAAGUCCAACGUAGCUAAAAGCGAAUUUGAUUGGUAGAAGACGUCAAAGCAGGUGGGAAUUGCGUGGAAAAUUGGCAAAUUUCUAGCAUGUAGUUCCAUGUGGAAUUUUUGGAUUAUGUCGUUAAAUUUAGGUUGUUUACUAGAAAAUGUCAUUUAAUCGGAGAAAGUCCAAUCAAUAAUGACAAGUUAACUCGUAAUUAUAGCGGGAAAACACCCUUCAAACACGAGAUGUAAUUCACGGAGAACUUUAAGAGUCAAAGAAACGGAUAUUCAACAUGGCAUUCGACGGGGAAAAUAACUACAACUUGCUGAUCCUUUCAACUUUAGCCAAAAGAAAAACCAUGCACAAGGUAAAAAGAAGAUUAUCGAUCAAGUAUGUUUUAUGCAAAUGCCUUGUGCAAAUUUUACCGAAUUAAGCGAAACUAGCCCUUCCAAAAGAAAUGAUCCAGUGAUAAUCUACCUUGCGGCAUGUGGGUUGCAAGUGAAGGAGCGGUAAACAAACCACUUUUUUAAGCUAUCAAAUGGUAAAAAAGUUCCCUACCUACCUUUCUAGUCCCGACAGAAAAUGACGACGAGGUUCUCACGAAGUACAUGGACCAUUUAACUGGUCAAAUGAGAUCACA